AUGUCUGUGGACACAGAAUUUACGGCGAAAGAAGUCGCAGCUCACCGGGAGCGCGAGGACGCCUGGAUGGUCAUCAAUGGCGAAGUCUAUGACCUUACCAAAUAUCUGGAAGAGCAUCCAGGAGGCUCAGAGAUUCUGAUCGAAGCCGCCGGAACAGACGCAACCGAAGCUUUCGACAAUGCCGGACACUCUGAGGAUGCUUUCGAGAUCAUGGCAGAUUUCCGUAUCGGCAAGCUCAAGGGCGCCGGCAAAGCCGCAGCACCAAAGCCCGUCCGUGUAACGCUGCAGACACCGCCAGCAUCAAAAAAGUCCGGCAGCAGCGCAUCCACAGCUGUAGGCGGCGCGGUUGUAUCCCUUGGUGCUUUGGCCGGUGCCACCCUUGGUCUGCGCAGGAUGGACCUGUCAGCAUUGUCAAAUUUCCUCAAGAUAAGACAGAUCGAGGGCCCAAGAAGUGCAGGCGGACUCGGCUUUGUCGAGGGCUUUGUGAUUGCAGCAGCACUUGCGCUCGUGGCAGGAGGCGUCGCAGCCAGGAAAUUCUCUAAACUUCUCGAUAUGGAGGCUGGAGCACUCCACUAUGCACCACACAAGAAGAUCCCAAGGGUAGCGAAGGCCGACCCAUUAUUACAGCGAGGCUUUCUGGACCCACAAACAUACUACCCGCUUCCCUUGAUCGAGAAGGAGCUUGUCACACCAAACGUUUACAGACUUGUGUUUGAGCUGCCGACGCCAGACACCGUGCUGGGUCUGCCGAUUGGACAGCACGUGGCCAUCAAGACAACAAUUGACGGCGCGACAGUCCAGCGAUCUUACACACCCGUGUCAAACAACUCAGACAAGGGCAUACUUGAGCUUGUCAUCAAGGUGUACGACGACGGCCAGCUCACCGGCAAGUAUCUGAAGCAUCUGUCUCUCGGAGACGAGGUGAUGUUCCGUGGCCCCAAGGGCGCGAUGCGAUACAAGAGAGGACUAUGCAAGAAGAUUGGCAUGUUGGCAGGCGGCACAGGUAUAACGCCCAUGUACCAGCUGAUCCGCGCCAUCUGCGAAGAUGAGAGGGAUACCACCGAGGUUAGCCUCAUUUACGCCAACCGGACUGAAGACGACAUCUUGCUGCGGAAGGACCUCGAAUCAUUCGCCAGGCGAUACCCCAAGAACUUCAAGAUGUUCUACCUCCUUGACAACCCUCCGGAGAACUGGGCGUAUGGCACGGGCUACGUCACUAAGGAGCUCAUGGCCGAGAAGUUUCCUGACCCCAAGGAGGACGGCUCAAGGGUUAUGCUUUGUGGGCCACCUGGAAUGGUGAACGCUGCGAAGAAGAAUUUGGUGGAGUUGGGGUACGAAAAGCCCGGGGCAUCAUCCAAGAUCACGGAUCAGGUCUUCUGCUUCUAG